CAUCACGGUGUUUUUACACUCGUUCUUGUUGCCCAGCUGACCGCCGCUUCGACCUUUGCUGGACCUUCCCUCACUUCGGCACCACAUCAAAGAACAACAAAUUCUGAACCAAGACUUUCACGCCACCUCACUUCAAGAUGAACUGCCCCUCACGAACCGACCCGGAGGUCCCAGACAAAUGGAACCAAAGUCCCAAUGCCCUGAGCGCCGACACGACAACCAGAAGCGACCUGGAAAACCUAGCCAGCGCCCGCCUCCAGUCGGACCACAAACUUAAGAAGCAAGAUGGCCUGAAUUGCGAAAUCGCCACCGUCAGCGGCUCCAGUGACGAAAAACGGAAGCCGGACUCUGUCCUGCCCAGCGAUGGGGCACAAGCCAUCGCCAACCCGGGUUCUGGAGAGGACAUGCUUAAAAGGACGCUCGGCUUCACAGAUGUCGAAGUGUCUCCCUCUUCAAACCCACCCCGGCUGCCACGAUGGCAGCACCCUUUUCGAGAGAUCAAGCGUGUGCUCUUGAAGUUCUCCAAGUUCAUCGGACCCGGAUUCAUGAUCGCUGUGGCUUAUAUCGACCCUGGAAAUUAUGCGACUGAUGCGGCGGCUGGAGCGUCGUACCGGUUUCGAUUGCUGUUCAUGGUUUUGCUUUCGAACGUCUUCGCUAUUUUCCUUCAGUCACUCAGCAUCAAGCUCAGCACUGUCACCGGCAUGAAUCUCGCCGAGAUGAAUAAAGCUCACUGCGCUCCAUGGCUCAAUUAUGUCCUCUGGUUCUUCGGAGAGGCGGCCGUGAUUGCUACGGACAUUGCAGAAGUUAUUGGCUUUGCGAUUGCAUUGAAUUUACUGGCUCCUAACUUGCCCAUCGUCGCCGGUUGUGCAAUCAGUAUCGUGGAUGUUAUGUUCAUAUUGCUGUUCUACCGACCUGAAGGCUCUAUGAAAGCCCUCCGUAUCUUCGAGGCGUUCGUCAUGCUGCUGGUCGUCGGAGUGGCGAUCUGCUUCUGCUACCAGCUCUCAUUGAUCGAAGGGACAACAGCCGGCGAAGUUUUCAAAGGCUACCUCCCAUCCAGCGCUUUAGUGGAAAGCAAAGGCCUCUACCAAGCCUGCGGCAUCCUCGGCGCAACAGUAAUGCCCCACUCCAUCUACCUAGGAAGCGGCCUUAACCAACCUCGCCUCCGUCAAUUCGACGAACGCCACAACAACUACCACCCCCUCGACCCGGACGACUCCUCCACCUCCCCUCCACCGCAAAAAUACCGCCCCUCCAUGUCCGCCAUUCAAUCCUGCAUGAAAUACAGCAUCAUCGAACUCGCGCUCUCCCUCUUCACUUUCGCGCUGUUCAUCAACUCCGCCAUCUUGAUCGUGUGUGGAGCGUCGCUUUACUCCGUCACUGGCGCUUCGGAUGCGGAUCUGUUUGGGAUUUAUGACUUGCUGAAUACGCAGCUUGGGCAUGCGGCGGCUACGGUAUUUGCUGUUGCGCUGUUGCUUUCUGGGUGCUCGGCUGGGAUUGUUUGCACCAUGGCUGGGCAGAUGAUUACUGAGGGACAGUUGAAGUGGAAACUCAAGCCCUGGGUCACCCGCUUCCUCACUCGAUCCAUUUCCAUCGUGCCGUCGAUUCUGGUCGCCGGUACGAUUGGCAAAAAGGGGUUGUCGGAAGCUCUGGUCGGAUCGCAAGUCGCGCUUAGUGUCAUCUUGCCAUUCGUCACGGCACCGUUGAUCUAUUACACUUGCCGGAACAAGUACAUGACUGUGUUUCCGUCGGAAUUUGGGAAUGAUGGAACGCAGAGGGUGGGUGUUGGCGAGGGGGUCAAGAUGAGAAAUGGAUGGAUCGUUGCGGCGCUGGGAGUGGCGAUCUGGGGGAUCAUUGUGGUCAUGAAUGUAGCUAAUAUCGUGUUGACGGGUCUUGGGGUCAACUAA